AUGUUACCUUUUUUUAGAGUUUUGAGUUAUAAGAAGAAUUUUGGGGUAGCGCAAACGGAUCAAACAGAAUCGUUGGAUUUAUCAAUAUCGAAAAUAAAAAAGGAAGGGAGCGAAUCCCAAGGAUUAUCAGUGGAGACAGAAAGUGAUGGACGAAUAAAACUGCUUGAACGGCUCCUUCCAAUCGAAACAAUGAUGGAAGUAAUGGAAUUAUCAAAGCAAAAAAAAAGCACAAGAAAGAAACAACGCUGUAAUGUAUGUCAGAAGGAAGUGGUAAACAUAAAAGACCAUAUGAUGAUUCACACCGGUAAGAAGCCGUACAGUUGUUCGAUAUGCAAAAAAGAUUUCACUCAGUUCGGGAAUAUGAAAAUACAUAUGAGGACGCAUACUAUCAAGAAGUCGUAUAGUUGUUCGAUAUGCAAAGAGAAUUUCACUCAGUAUGGGAGUAUGAAAAAACAUAUGAUGACUCAUACCGGUACGAAGCCAUACAGUUGUUCGAUAUGCAAAAGGAAUUUUACUCAGUUCAGGAAUAUAAAAACUCAUAUGUUGACACAUACCGGUGAGAAGCCGUACAGCUGUUCGGUAUGUAAAAAAAAUUUCACUCAGUCCAAUAAUAUGAAAAGACAUAUAAUGACUCAUACUGGUGAAAAGCCGUAUAGUUGUUCAAUAUGCAAAAAGAAUUUUAGUCGCUCUGUGUAUGUGAAAGAACAUAUGAUGAUCCAUACCGGUGAAAAGCCGUGCAGUUGUCCGAUAUGCGGGAAAAGUUUUUUAAAAAAGUGCAAUUUACAGACUCACAUUGCGACUCAUGACAUGAAUAGACCUAUGUACCGUUGUACGGUAUGCAGUAAGGGUUUCAGAAGUAAACUCGGCUUGAAAUUGCACAUGAAGAACCAUUAA